GUGUUUCUCCACUAAUAUAUGUUAUUCCCGAAAACAGCUCUUCAAAACUUCUGAUAAAGAGAAAUACUUCUAAACUUGUACAUAAAAUAUUCUACUAAUACUUGCCGAUCUGUUUGGUGGAAUCUGUUCUGAACAAGCAGGAGAAAUGGCAGAGGCUAUUGUGUCCUUAGCUGUUGAAAGAAUUUCUGAUUUACUCAUCCAUGAAGCUGUUUUCCUCAAAGAUGUGAAAGAUCAAGUUGAGAGCCUAAACGCUGAACUUAAGCGAAUGCAGUGUUUCUUGAAGGACGCGGAUCGCAAGCUUGAACAAGAUGCGCGUUUCCAGAAUCGGGUGUCGGAAAUCAGAGAUCUUGCUUACGAUGCUGAAGAUGCUAUCGACUCCUUCAUCCUUGAACGUGCACAUCAAGGAGGCUUUCAAGGAAUCGUCAAGAGAUUCACCUCCAUUUGCACCAAACCUUCGCAUCUGCACAAAAUAGGGGUGCAGGUCAGAGCAAUCCAGACCAAGCAACAAAACAUUUCCAAGAAUCUUCCAGCUUAUGAGAUAUCCCGUGAUGGAGAAGGCUCUAGCUCACUUUUGCAGCAACGGUUAAGAAGGACAUACUCACAUGUCGAGGAAGAGGACGUUGUUAGCUUGGAGGUUAGCACGAAGGAUGUCAUGACCAAGUUGAUGACUGAAGAAGAUAGACUCCAUGCCGUCGUUUCGACAGUCGGCAUGGGGGGCAUUGGUAAGACUACUCUUGCCAGAAAAGUAUAUAAUCAUGUUGAUGUGAGACGCCAUUUUGAUUACAUGGCUUGGGUUUAUAUAUCUCAACAAUGUAAGCCGAGAGAAGUUUUGCUUACUGUCUUGAUGAAAAUUCUCUCUCCUUCUAAAGAUGAAAGAGAGCUAUUUGAGAAACUGGAAGAGAGUGAGCUGAUGAAAAGGCUUUUUGACGCUUUGAAAGAAAAGCGGUAUUUGAUUGUCCUCGAUGAUAUUUGGGGAAGCGAUGAUUGGGAUAGUCUUAAACCCGCUUUUCCACGAGGAGGAAAGGGAAGCAAAAUAUUGUUCACAACACGCAACAGGAAUGUGGCUUUAUACGCCGAUCCUUGCAACACUCCCAUGGAGCUCUCAUUUCUUGUAGAUGAUGAAAGUUGGAAUCUUUUGUGUAGGAAAGCAUUCCCACGGAGCAAAAUGGGUUCUCAAUGCUGCUCACAAGAAUUUGAGAAAUUCGGAAGAGAGAUGGUGAAAAAAUGUGGAGGUCUACCUUUAGCAAUUGUUGUCUUGGGAAGCUUGCUAGCAAGAAAACAAUCAGUGGAUCAAUGGGAGACGGUUCACAAAAACCUUUUCCAUGGACACUUAAAAGGGCUCCAACAACAUGAUCAUCAAUAUGGUGCGGUGAACAGGAUUUUGGUUUUAAGCUACAAUGAUUUGCCUUAUCAUUUAAAACCAUGCUUUCUGUAUCUUGCUCAUUAUCCAGAAGAUUGGGAAAUAUCAAAAAAGAACUCAUUCAAUAGUGGAUCGCUGAAGGUUUCAUUUCACCAUUAUUGGAAAGCGAAGAAAUCUUGAUGGAGGAUGUAGGCGAACAAUUCCUAGAAGAGCUUAUAGAUAGAAGUUUGGUUCAAGUUUGGAGGCGAGACUUUACAGGGACAAAAGUGAAAACAUGUCGAAUACAUGAUCUCUUCAGAGACUUGUGCAUGGAGAAAGCAAAAGAGGAGAAUUUCUUAAAAUUUAUUCAAAAAUCUGAAAAUUCUCUUGAUGUGACCUUGGUAGCAUCUAUGCCACGAAGAAUUGCUAUACAUCCUGGCGAAAGGGGCUUCCAUUUAAAAGGAAAGCAUCCAAAAUUACGUUCUUUGUUGCUGAUGAAUCAAGAAAAGGUAUUGAUAAAUGUCCAUAUUUCAAAUUUCAAUAACUUUAAACUUUUAAGAGUGUUGAAACUUACUAGAUGGGCUGAGGAGUGGCAUGUGUCAAGUGAAAUUGGUAAUCUCCAUCAUUUGAGGUAUUUGAGGUUAAGAUGCAUAAUGAAAAUAAUCUUGCCAAGGGCUAUUGGAAAGUUGAAGAAUUUACACACUUUGUACCUCCGAUGCCUUUUUCACUUUGUAGUUCCAAAUGUUGUAUUCCAGUUGGAACGCUUAAGGCAAUUUGUAACGAAAGGGGAUGAGUAUCCUGAGAUCGAAAGAUAUUUUCAUUGGUCGCGAAACUUUUCUUCAAAAAAUAUUGAAACUUUGAAGUACAUGUGGGUGGACAAGAAGUUGAUUGAAAAUAAUGAGGUGCUUAGGUUGACUCAUAUUCAGUGUUUAGGAAUAAUAUUUAAGAAAUCAAAAGA